AACAACAACACCGACAGGUAGAGUAGAUACGGUACACAAGUGGGAUACAUGUUGAGGGCAAGCACAAUCUUGGUAUUGUCUGGGAAGUUCUCUCGGCCAGGGACAUUCUGUGCAAGAAACAUGAGCACUGAUACAGAAUCUUCACAUGCAGCAGAAGCUCUGCAAGCGUCCCAGAUAGAGAAGCGGGAAAAGUGCAUCUUUUGCAAAAUUUGUGAUGGAAUUGAACCAUGUAACAUUGUGCAUCAGGUUAGUGAUUUUAGUGAGCCCUGGAUUUACUGCAAAACUUCAUAUGCAGUGUUGCGCAGUUUAAGGGUUAAUUCCCUCCUUUUGGAGAGUCUUCUGGAGAAAAUGGUGUUGGUAGGCAAGGAGGUGUUGAUUGCCCAGGGUGGAUCCCCAACAGCAGCUCGGAUGGGUUUUCACUGGCCACCAUUUCACACGGUCCAUCACCUGCACAUGCACAUCAUUGCACCAGAGAAUGAAAUGGGAUUUAUAGCACGAGGAAUUUUUAAAACCAAUUCAUUUUGGUUUGUAUCGCCCGAAAAUGUCAUCCAGCGGCUUCAGGAAAAACAAUAGUGACUACUGUACUGGAAUUUCCCUUGUUUAUUUUUUUUUUUAGGGAUAUUCCUGCACGGGCCCUAAGCCUCUGGCUGGGAUUUAUUAAAGUAAAGGUAUGAAGUAACUGAUCAUGGUACAGUAAAGUGAAAUGAUGCAAUACCUAAUGGGGUUAUCUGUUUGAUGCAAGAUUGAACAUUGUGUAACAUAACCCGAUGAAGAUGGUCGAGGGCAAUAUUAGACCUGUAAUACAUACAUGGAGCAGGUGCAUGUAAAAUAGUGUUACAUGAUAAAGCAUAGUAUACUGUACACAGCAUGAAUGAUAACAGGUUUGAAUUUUUAAAACAAUUAUAAUAGGAGACAUACUGAAAGAUUGUAAUUUUGAGUUUAAAUUAACAAAUGUGUAUCUGUAUAAAGAAUUGUCAUGAUGUAACUUUGUUAAUGCUUAAUAUAGGUACAGUCAUAGAGUGUGAGUUGUUGUUUGGUGUUUUGGGCAUACCAUUUAAUAAGUUGUGUAUGUUAAUACUGUGUAUGAGUGUGUCUUAGGAGCAUAAAAAUGAUGAUUGUAAUUAGCUAUCCAAAGUGUGUUGAAGGCUUUGAAAGGAUUGAGAAGAGUAUAACACACUUUCUUUUAAUCAGCAUAAUAUAGUUUAUACUGUAGAUACAUACUUUAUGAGUAAAUAAUUUAUUUUUGGUUGUAAAUUGGCUUAUCAAAGUUUAGUAAUGACAUACAGUAUAGAAAUGGCAAUUUACAUGCUAGUCACUUAAUUUUUAAAAUUUACGAUCACACCAAGAAUUUACUUCAUACUAUAAAUUUUAUUAAAGGGGUUCAAUAAAUUUAUAAAAUAUAUUUUUCAUUCAUACAGUAUAUUGCAUUGAAUUCAUUAAAUUCUUUAUACACAUUAUUAGUUUGGUAACUACUAUGCUUCACAUAUAAUAACUAAACCAACUUGCACUCUUUGUAACCUUCAUAAUAUCUGUUAUUUGAAUGUGAAAUUUAAGAUUAGCAUAAAGACAAUGUUGGCCAACUACCUUUUCCUUUUAAAUACAACUUGUUUGAAAUGGGGAGGUGGGGAAAUGACUUGCACUUGUUUUUUCCCAGAGUUUGAACAUCUUAUGUAAGCACUGUACAUUGUUUAGACAUCUGGGUAAAGAUACACAUGCAAUAUUGAGUGUUUUGCAAACACAAAUUAUUAAGACAUAAGGUUUCAAUAGAGAUAAUUCUCUAUAGAUGUGGUAAAACACAAGAGGAUAGGUGAAGUGAAAGUUGGAAUUGCAGCAUUUAGGUGUAUACGGUCGUUAACAAAACAUUUGUCAGUGAUACUCUCAUUAAGUAAUGGUAAAGGUAUAGAACUUGCACACAUCUAUCUUCUUUUUAAAGAUUUAAUCUUAUAGAAAAUCUAGUGGGGCUCUGAGGCGACAUAAACCUGCUACCAAGGCAUUGCAUUGCAUAGAGCCCCAGUGGAUUUUCUCAUUGAUAUGUACCACAUUAGUGAUUUCCUGUGUAUUUAAUCUUAUAUACUGUUGUCAAUUUCAUUAAGAAAGCAAAACAUUGUGAUAAUAGCUUUACAGUAUAGUAUAUAAACUGUAAAUAUUCUUUUAAGGACUAGCAGUGCAUGCUUGUUACAUUUUUCAGAUGUUAAUUUCAUUUCAUGAACUAAAUAUAUUUUUGAAAAUUCAGAAUAAAUGUAUGCAUAUUGAA